ACUCAAAAGUGGGUUGUCGAAGUGACUCCACACAUAGAGCAUAAGAUGUGUGCUUUCCGCAGUGCUAGCUCUCAGCAAUUAACAUCUUAACAUUAAUGUCUUAACAUUGAACAUUUUCACUCAACACCUGGGUCGGCUCGUUUAGGUGUUUUGACAUGACGAACAGAAAGAUCGUCCUAAAUUUGCUCUGGACGUGUGUGAUCUGGAACAGAAUGUUGGUCACAGAAGGAUCUGCCUGCUCUGAGCCGCCAGAGUUUCAUCCCAGUGCGUCGUCUGAGGUCUGGGGUACCGAGGGGACCACCAUCACCCUAAACUGCACUGUCCUGCUCGCCUGGGACAGUAGUGACCCAAGCUGCAACAACAGCCUGCAGUGGUUCAGAGAAGGUGCACCCAUCAACGCCAGCCACUACCCCCAGAACACCACAGAAUGUCACCAUGGCAACCAGACCCAGGUGAGCAGCGUGCUGCAGGUGAAGCUGACGGACUCAACAGACUUCGGGCUCUACAAGUGCAUCGUGAGGAACGCAUCGCUCACCUUCAGCUUACACAAGUCAGACCUGCCUAGUCACACGGCUACAGUAGUGGCGGCCUUCACCCUGCUGCUACUGCUGGCCUUGGCUGCACUGAUCUACUCCAGGUGCCACCUCAACCUGAAGCUCUGGUAUAAGAACACCUAUGGAGACUACGAGAUCAACGAUGGUAAGAUGUAUGAUGCCUACGUCUCUUACGUGAAUGACGAGAAUGACAAGAAGUUUGUGAACUUCAUCCUGAAGCCUCAUCUGGAGAACAGAUACGGACACAAACUGCUGCUCAACCACACAGACAUCCUACCAGGAGCAGAGCCGUCUGCAGAGCUGGUGAUGAGCGUGAGCAGGAGUCGUCGUCUCAUCGUGGUCCUCUCUCAGUCUUAUCUACAGCAAGAGUGGUGCACCAGCAACUUCAGGCAGGGCAUGUGGCAUCUACUGGAGCUCUCCCAGAGACCGAUUUUCAUCAUGUUCCAGGCUCAGCAGAAGCAGCUCAACCUGGAGGUGGCGCACCAGCUCAAAGAACACGAACACCGUGUACACACACUCAUCUGGGGACCACGCUCCAUGACCCCCUCGUCUUCGUUCUGGAAGGAGCUGGCCCUGGUGAUGCCCCGUAAGGUGACCUAUCACAGCAGCCGGUCCGCUGGGGAUCCCCAGACACUCUUCCAGGAUGACAAGGACCCCAUGCUCUCUCUGCACCCGGACUACCUAGACUGCCGACCGGACCCUGACCCUGCUGGAGACCUGGGGCUCAGGCUGCCGAUCCGGGCCCAGCCGUCCAAAGCUCCGGUGUUGCCUGCGGCCCCCAUGGUCCCUGACCUCUCCUCUGAGCUUCGCCCCUCAGACAUUGAUGUGUCGGACCUCGGCUUACGUGACUACGCUGCACGCACAGACUUCUACUGUCUCGUCACAGAGGAUGAUAUCUGACUGAAGAGAGAGAUAGAGAUAGAAAUAGCAGCAAAGCUUCAUAUGUGACUGUGUGUGUGUGUGUGUGUGUGCGUGUGGGCAUGUGUAUGUGUAUGGACUGUACUGUAUGUGUGCAAAUGUCUAUGUAUGACUAUGUAUUCAUAUGUAGCCUUUACAUUUGGCUGACGCUUUUUAACCAAAGCGAUUUCCAACAAGGGAAACAAUCAAGGUAGAGUUUGAUAAGUUAGUGAAGCAGUAAGUGCUACUUCCAUACAGUCAAGUGUCAGUUCUAGGUAGGUGGUAAAUGCUAGAAUUAGUAGCAAUCAGUAUCUCAGCAGACAAAAAGACAUCAGAAAGGAUUCACAAACAUUGGAAAUCUUCCUGCCACAGUCUCUUUGUUGUCUUUUUAAAAAUAUAUAUUUUUGUAAAAAUAGAAACAAAACCUGAUCCAUGGUCUGCACUACAUUCCUACCCUGGCCUGGGCAAAUCUUCAUUUCACCAUGUCACUCCAUGCCGCUCCCCUGCUUCCUUACGUUUUAUGUCAACAGAAAACCACAAUGCAGCUGUUUGCAGGGACUGGGCAACCAUAAUGGCACAGUAUGAUUUAACCAAGCUCACAAAUGUCCACAGCAGAAGGAAAGAAAAUCUGCACAAAUUGAACAAAGUUCAGACUUUUAAGGGGCUUGCUUUCAAAUAUGGUACUAUGGUACUACUCCUUCACAUGUAAAUAUUUAGUACAAAUGUAAAGAGCUGAACCACCAAGUGUAUAUUUGUAUCUGUAUUUAUAUCUGUACUGUAAAUGGCGAUAUUUGAUUACCAAAUUACAAUAUGAAUCAUACUUUUCUUAGUCUUGUAACCUCCUGUAAGUGUGACCUAAUUUAUUUUAUGUGUGAAGGCGUUUUGAUUCUGUUGGCCAAAUGAUAGUUUGAUCUAUUUGAUGAUCCUUAUCUACCAGAAAGCUUGACUUCUGGCACUGCUGUGCUGUGGCAGUGAGAAGCUGUAAAACACUGUGCAAAAAAUAUUUAAAUAUAUAAAUAUAUAUUGAAAAUAAAAACUGUGUUGGAAGCAAA